CAGGGGUUGGGAGGCAGGCCUCAGCGGGUUACAAUGGCACAAUGGCUUCCCGGAGAUCUGCUUUAGCCUCGCAGAAUGAAAUAGCCGGGAAUGACCCUCUCCGGGAGCUGUUCGAGGCUUGCAGAAAUGGAGACUUAGUGAGAGUGAAGAAGCUAGUAACAGCACAGAAUGUGAACGCCAGAGACACUGCAGGACGCAAGUCAUCUCCACUACACUUCGCAGCAGGCUUUGGACGAAGAGAUGUUGUGGAGCACCUCUUAAAUCUUGGUGCUGCUGUUGGGGCUCGUGAUGAUGGAGGAUUGAUACCACUUCACAAUGCCUGUUCGUUUGGUCAUGCAGAAGUAGUUUCUCUUCUUCUAAAACAUGGAGCUGAUCCAAAUGCAAGAGAUAACUGGAACUACACUCCCCUUCAUGAAGCUGCAUCCAAGUCUAAAUUUGAUGUUUGCAUAGUGCUGCUUCAAAAUGGUGCAGAUCACACUAUCCGCAACACAGAUGGUAAAACAGCGUUGGAUCUGGCUGACACCUAUGCUCGUUCUGUACUCACAGGAGAAUAUAAAAAGGAAGAGUUAUUGGAGGCUGCCCGAGCUGGCAAUGAGGACCGCCUUUUAACCCUCCUGACUCCUCUCAAUGUGAAUUGUCAUGCCUCGGAUGGUCGUAAAUCCACCCCUUUGCACCUGGCUGCUGGAUACAACAGAACAGAAAUUGUAACGAUACUGCUGCAACAUGGAGCUGAUGUACAUGCUAAGGACAAAGGUGGUCUGGUGCCACUGCAUAAUGCCUGCUCAUAUGGCCACUUCGAGGUAACAGAGCUGCUUAUCAAGCAUGGUGCCAAUGUUAAUGCAAUGGAUCUAUGGCAGUUUACCCCUCUUCACGAAGCAGCAUCAAAAUCCCGGGUUGAGGUGUGCUCAUUGCUGUUGGCCCAUGGUGCUGAUCCAACACUACUCAAUUGUCACUCCAAAUCUGCUAUUGAUGUUGCACCUUCCAGAGAACUGCAAGAACGACUUACAUAUGAAUACAAGGGUCACAGUUUACUAGAGGCUUGUCGCCAGGCUGAUGCUGCACGACUCAAGAAGUUUCUCUCACCAGAUGUAGUAAAUUUCAAACAUCCUUAUACGGGGAAUACUCCACUUCAUUGCGCAGUUGGAUCCACUGGAGGCAAACGUCGGAGUGUAGUGGAAGCCCUUCUGCGGAAGGGUGCCCCAUUGCAAGAAAAAAAUAAGGAAUUCCUCACACCACUCCACCUGUCUGCUGAUAAAGGACACUAUGAAAUUAUGGAGCUGUUGCUUAAACAUGGUUCAAAAGUUAAUGCUUUGGAUGGCCUUGGUCAAACAGCUCUUCAUCGAUGUGGUAAAGAGGGGGAUGUACAAGCAUGCCGUGUUCUUCUGCAGUUUGGCAUUGAUCCAACCAUUAUUUCACUCCAGGGUUAUACUGCCACUCAAGUUGCCACAGAUCCUGUCCAGCGAUUACUACAUGAAGAUCCUCCAGGACCUGGUGUAGACAGUGAGCAGCAGCUUUUAGAGGCAUCGAAAUCUGGAGAUAUAGAGUGUGUGCGUCGUAUCCUCACCUCUCAGCCACACCUAGUGAAUGUUCGAGAUCUGGAUGGUCGCCACUCGACGCCCUUACAUUUUGCUGCUGGUUAUAACCGUGUACCCAUUGUGGAAUAUCUGCUUCAGCAUGGAGCUGAUGUACAUGCUAAAGAUAAAGGUGGUCUUGUGCCCUUACAUAAUGCAUGUUCGUACGGUCACUACGAGGUCACUGAGCUGCUGGUACGUCAUGGGGCCAGUGUUAAUGUUGCUGAUCUCUGGAAGUUUACACCUCUCCAUGAAGCUGCUGCCAAAGGCAAAUAUGAUAUUGUUAAAUUAUUACUGAAGCAUGGAGCUGAUGUAAACAGAAAGAACCGAGAUGGACACACAGCAUUAGAUUUAGUGAAGGAGAGUGACCAGGAUGUAGCAGACUUACUACGAGGUGAUGCUGCCCUACUUGAUGCUGCUAAGAAGGGCAAUCUGGCAAGGGUUCAAAAACUCCUUAAUCCAGACAACAUUAACUGCAGAGACUCUCAGGGUCGCAACUCUACCCCACUGCACCUGGCUGCUGGUUACAACAACCUUGAAGUUGCUGAGUAUCUCUUAGAAAAUGGAGCAGAUGUCAAUGCUCAAGAUAAAGGUGGUCUCAUUCCUCUACACAAUGCCUCCUCUUAUGGACAUCUGGAUAUUGCAGCUCUCCUCAUUAGAUUCCAGACAGCUGUAAAUGCCACAGAUAGAUGGGGCUUCACACCUCUUCAUGAAGCAGCUCAGAAGGCUCGCACUCAACUCUGUGCUCUCUUGCUGGCUCAUGGGGCUGACCCUUACCUCAAAAAUCAGGAGGGUCAAACUCCUCUUCACCUAGCAACAGCAGAUGAUGUAAGAAGUUUACUGCAAGAUGCUAUGAUGAGUCAGCCCAGUCUAACACCUGCUAGUGGAGGAAUAGCUCCUCCACCAGUGUCUCCUUCAUCACCCAAACCUCCAGGCACACCUUCCAAAGCAGCCUCACAGUCAACAGUGUCUCCAGCACCAUCUUUAAUAUCCAUCAACAAUAUUGGGGCUGAAGUUGAAACUGUAAUGAUGCCGUCUGGUGCCAGUUUAACCUUCACUCCAGUAAUGUGCUCAUCACCGGGUGUUGGUGAUGGUUGCUGUGAUCACUCUCGCUGUGAAACAACGCCUGGUACACCAGUUAAUAUGAGUAUUGCCUCAUUCCUCAAUAGUUUAGGUCUGGAACACCUGCGAGAUAUAUUUGAAAGAGAGGACAUAACAUUGGAUAUCUUAGCAGAAAUGGGUCAUGAAGAGCUUAAAACUAUAGGAAUCAAUGCAUAUGGCCACCGACAUAAGCUGCUCAAGGGCGUUGAGAAGUUGCUUAUUCAACAUAAUGGCUUAGUAGGGAGUGGAUGUAGUAAUAAUAACGGUGGAAAUGGAUCAUCUCAGGGUACUUUAUUACUUGACCUUUGUCGAGAGGACAGAGAGUUUAUUGCAGUGGAGGAGGAGAUGCAGGCCACUAUACGAGAACAUAGAGAUAAUGGUCAUGCAGGAGGAGUCUUUGCCAAGUAUAAUAUUGUUAAGAUUCAGAAGGUUAGAAAUAAACGUUUGUGGGAGCGCUAUGCACAUCGAAGGCGGGAAGUGGCGGAAGAAAGUAAUGGGCAGUCCACUGAAAGAAUGCUUUUCCAUGGCUCUCCUUUUAUUUCUGCCAUUGUGCAAAAGGGCUUUGAUGAAAGGCAUGCUUAUAUUGGUGGAAUGUUUGGUGCAGGUAUCUACUUUGCUGAACAUUCAUCUAAGAGCAAUCAAUAUGUGUAUGGCAUUGGUGGUGGAAGUGGAUGUCCAGUACACAAAGAUCGUUCUUGUUAUUCCUGUUACAGACAACUCCUUUUGUGUCGUGUGACUCUGGGCAAGUCAUUUCUUCAGUUCUCAGCAAUGAAGAUGGCUCAUGCUCCUCCUGGCCACCAUUCAGUUGUGGGGCGACCCAGUGCUGGGGGUCUCUGUUACCCAGAGUACGUUGUCUACAGAGGAGAACAGAUGUCAGAAAUAUUGCUGGAACAAGGGUUGACGUUUUCCAAAGGAGCCUGAACCACUGCCUGCUACAGGCUUACCCAGAGUACCUCAUCACUUAUCAGAUUGUCAAGCCUGAGGAGUCAGGCCCCAAAGAUGAUGCUGCUCGAGACAAUGACUGACCACUGUUGAUAGUUAAUACACGUAAUUACUCAACAGCUACUGGUGAUAAAGUGAUAAAAUAAUUUCAGGACAGCUUUUAUAAUAGAGUAUUUAGUGUUUCUUGAUAGAAAUGAGAAAACUUCUUACUCCCUCUAACUGUGGCUGGUUAAAACCUCAACAUUUAUCAGCGCAAGUGGUUGUGAUUUUAUUGUGUGAUAGUGAGCAGAACUGUGCUGACACCACAUUAUUCCAAAAAGUUUUUGGAAAAAAGGUAUUGGUGACUGUGUGAAGCAUGGAUAAUGUUGCACAUAGUGAACAGGGAACUCUUUAAAAAAAAAAUCCCUCCUGUGGGUUCAUCUGUGCAAACCUCAUAAUGGGAUAUAAUCACUGAUACUUCUUUCAUUCCAUGUAAAAAAAUGCAAAGUUUCAUUUUUAUAUUGCGAGUGUAUGGUAUUGUGAAUUUUUUUCAGAGUUCAUAUAUGUGUUCAUCUAACACAAAUAACUAAUCAAGGGUGUGAAGUUACUUUUAAGUUUUUCAUCUUUGGUGUUUGUAGCUUGAUGAUGAUGAUGAUGAUAUUAGCAUUGGUUUCACUUGCUGGCAAGGCUUUACAAAUAAGGACAAAUGGUUCAGCUUACUUCCGUGUUAAAUUUCUCUAACAAGACUUGACGUCGUGGUCUUAAUAAAAAAAAUUUACCCAUCUACUAUUUUCCCAAUUUUUAAAUUGAGUUAUAUUGUUUUUACUUAUAUUUUCUCUUAUAAAUCAUAGGGAAUGUAAAUAUAUUUAAUGAUAUUCAGUGCAAAGUAAUAUAAAGCAAAAGUGAAGAUGCCUUUGUGUAUCAAGAGUUGAAACAGUUAAAAACUAUUGUGAAGCGUAUUACAUUACCAAGUGAUUGAGUAUCAUAAAGGAAAGCUAAUCAAAGACACUGAUAUAUAAGGCAUUAUAUAUACAAAAUAAAUUAAUAUUAUAGAGUUUUUAUGAGGAUAGUGAGGCUCAUGUUAGAGUAUGUAGGAAAGAGGGAGAUUAUUUCCCAGUAAAAGUAGGCCUUAGACAAGGAUGUGCGAUGUCACAGUGAUUGUUCAAUAUAUUUAUAGAUGGGGUUGUAAGAGAAGUGAAUGCGAGGGUCUUGGCAAGAGGUGUGGAGUUAAAAGAUAAAGAAUCAAACACAAAGUGGGAGUUGUCACAGUUGCUUUUUGCUGAUGACACUGUGCUCUUGGGAGAUUCUGAAGAGAAGUUGCAGAGGUUGGUGGAUGAAUUUGGAUGGGUAUGUAAAAGAAGAAAAUUAAAAGUGAAUAUAGGAAAGAGUAAGGUUAUGAGGAUAACAAAAAGAUUAGGUGACGAAAGAUUGGAUAUCAGGUUGGAGGGAGAGAGUAUGGAGGAGGAGAAUGUAUUCAGAUAUUUGGGAGUGGACGUGUCAGCAGAUGGGUCUAUGAAAGAUGAGGUGAAUCAUAGAAUUGAUGAGGGGAAAAGAGUGAGCAGUGCAAUUAGGAGUCUGGAGACAAAGAACUUUGUCCUUGGAAGCAAAGAGGGGAAUGUAUGAGAGUAUAGUUUUACCAACGCUCUUAUAUGGGUGCGAAGCAUGGGUGAUUGUUGCAGUGAGGAGAAGGCUGUAGGCAGUAUGAGGAAGGGUUGUUGAGGUGGUUCGGACAUGUAGAGAGAAUGGAACAAAACAGAAUGACUUCGAGUGUAUAAAUCCGUAGUGGAGGGAAGGCGGGGUAGGGGUCGGCCUAGGAAAGGUUGGGGGGAGGGGGUAAAGGAGGUUUUGUGUGUGAAGGGCUUGGACUUUCAGCAAGCAUACGUGAGCGUAUUUGAUAGGAGUGAAUGGAGACAAAUGAUUUUUAAUACUUGACGUGCUGUUGGAGUGUGAGCAAAGUAACAUUUAUGAAGGGAUUCAGGGAAACCGGUAAGCCUGACUUGAGUCCUGGAGAUGGGAAGUACAGUGUCUGCACUCUGAAGGAGGGGUGUUAAUGUUGCAGUUUUAUAAACUCUAGUGUAAAGCACCCCUCUGGCAAGACAGUGAUGGAGUGAAUGAUGAUGAAAGUUUUUCUUUUUUGGGCCACCCUGCCUAGGUGGGAAUUGGCCGAUGUGUUAAAAAAAAUAUAUAUAUAUAUAAUAUGCUCCAUGGGGAAGUGGAGAUUUCUUCUUCCGUAAACCAUGUGUGUCGUAAGAGGCGACUAAAAUGCCGGGAGUAAGGAGCUUGUAGCCCCUUCUCUAUGAAUUGCUAAAUGUAAAAAGAAAAACUUUUGUUUCUUCUUUUGCAGGUCAACCUGUCUCAGUGGGGGAUGGCUGAUGUGUUAAAAAAAUUUAUAUAUAAUAAAUACACACAUACAUAUACAUAUAUACAUACACACACAUGCACUCUCACACACACAUUUUCUCUCAACGGCUGUCUUCUGGUAGGCAGGGUGACCCCAAAGAAGAAAACACGUUCUUUAACAUUUGCACAGUUGCUGUGUUUCCAGAAGCAUGCUGACAUUACAGCCUCAAAUGACCUUCCAAAUUGUAACAUCCCCACCCCUCUGAUAGUGUAGGCACUGCACUUCCCACCUCCAGGACCCUAAGUCCAACUACCCAGUUUCUAUGAAUCCCAUCAUAAAUGUUACUUUGCUCACAUUCCAACAGCACAUCUCAUCAUAAAAACCACCUGUCUUCACUUCUAACACUAGUCUGUUGCAUGUCCAAGCCCCUAGCACUGAAAACUCUUUUCUUCCCCUCCCUCUAACCAUUCCUGAGACAACCCAUACCCCUUCCCUGUUCAAACCACCUAAACAGCCCUUCUGCCUUCUGAAUAAUACUUUUGGUAGCCCCACAUCAUCUAAUCUCCUCAUUCUGAAUUUAUUUAUAAUCUUCAUGUUCUGUAUUUACUUAUUUUUUAUUAACACAUCAGCCAUUUCUCACUGAGGCAGAGUAACCCAAAAAAAGGAGAAAACACUUUCAUCACUCACUCCAUCACUGUUUUGCCAGAGGUGUGCUGACACUACAGUUAAAAAAACUUCAGCAAAUCUCCACUCCUCCUUCAGAGUGCAGGCACUGUACUUCUGAAUACUCUUCAUAAUAUUCACACCACAUUCUCCCCUCAAACAUGACAUCUCCACUGCCUCCAGCUUCCUCUUAGCUGUGAAGAGGAAUAGUAUUGGUAGCACUAUACUCUGGUACAUUUCUCUUUUUUGCCUUCUUGAAUAAGUUUUUUUUGUCUAUACAGAUGUCUCAGCGCACCACCACCUUUUUCAGCUCUGUGGUUCACCUAAUCUUUCAUAGACCCAUCUACUGACAAGUAAACUCUCAAAUGUCUAAAUAAAUUUACAUCUUCCUUACUCCCUUCCCUUAAUUUGUUAUUCAGUCUUUCAUUGUGUAGAUUUUCUGUUUUUUUUUUUUUUAUAUAGAUUCGCUGGUAUUCUCCCGGCCCGGGCCUUUUCGAAGUGGUGGCCUGGCCUUGGCUCCUUGUCUAGGGAGUGUCUGAGACCUAAGUCUCCCAUGGGAGGAGGCACACGUACCCCCUUAUUUUUGGGACCAACUGUCCCCAGGCCUAGCCACAGUCCCUGCCCUCCCCAGGCUCGCAGGGAGAAGCUAGGCCUCUGGUCUACCAUCUGACCCGCCCCAAAGGGGCUUGUGGGGAUGGCAGUCUUGUGAGCUGCAGGUGGGAGCAAGCUCAGGCUUGUCUAUCUUUUUAUUUUCGUUACCUAACUCUUUCUUAAGUCACAUUCAGUAUCCUAAUAGAGAUACUGUUUAGAGAAUUCAGAACGUAUAAAUUAAAGGGUUAUGCCGGAUCAUCAAGGGUAGAAGUCAGUGUGCUGAGGAAAGGUUGUUGAGGUGGUUUAGCAUGAAGGUUAGGCUGACAAAGAGGUUGUAUAAAUCUGGGGUAGAAGGCAGGGAUAGGGGUCAUCCCAGGAAUGGUUAGAGGGAAGGGGGUUAAAGAGGUUUUUGAGUUUUAGGUGCUUGAACAUCCAGUGGGCUUGUUUGAGUGUGUUCGAUAGUGAAUGGAGAUGAGUGUUUUUUUUUUUUUAUGGAUGUCCUGUUGGAGUAUGAGGAAUACAACUUUUGUGGAGGGAUUUAGGGAAACCAGUUAACCAGACUUGAAUCCUGGAGGUGGGAAGGGCAGUGCCUGUACCCUAAAGGAGGGGUGGGGAUGUUGUAGUUGGAGGGUAAUUUGGUUGUGAUGUCAGUACACUGGAAAGAUGGCGAUUAAAUGAAUGUUAAUGAAUGUGUAUUUUUUCUUUAGGGUUACCCUGCCUUGGUGGGAGACUGCCAUUCCUGGGAUGACCCCUACCCCUCCUACCAUCCAUCUCAGAUUUUACACCCACUUUGUCAUGCUAUUCCUCAGUAAUAAUAAUAAGUUAAGCACUGAACUCGAGGGGAUCAUACAGCUCUGCAAGGAGAAAUGCACAAAGGUGGUAGGAGAGUGAAGGACAGGAGUGUGCUAGGACAGGGGUUAAUGGGGGCAGGGAAGAGUGCAAGAGGAAAAUAAGUUAGUGUCUGUAAAAAAGUUGGAGAGUGCAUCAAAGGUGAAACAUCCCUCUGCAUAAUACUUGUACACAAACUCAUAUUUAAAAAAUAAUUGAUGGUUCCUCUAAAAAUCCUGCUUAAUAGCCAUGCAAUCUCUCAGUUAAGUAUAUCAGUUCACAUCGUUAGACAAAGUAAUCAUUAUAACAUAUUACUAGAAGUAUGUUUUCCUUUGCAUACUCGAAUGUAAUUGAACUUGAGUGAUGCAAGACAUUUUUAAAUCAAUUCUUGGAAAAUAUAGUUAUGGGAACUGACUUUUCCAUGAAUUUUGUGCAUAUGAUUUAAGAAAAUUUCUGUAGUGUUGAAGAUUUGUAAUCUCUUUUGGCACUUUCAACUCGGGACAUCAACAUUUAUAUCGUUCAUGUAUUCUCUAAAUAUAAUGUCCUGUGAUAUUUUUUAUGUAUGAUAUUUUUAGAGAAUGAAGGCCUCUUCAAGUGGGCUCUUUGGUGUGGUGAAGAGGCUUUUGGUCUGAGGAAUUGGACCUUUUGGUCUUCUUCCUCUGCCUGAACCUAAUUACCCCCCACUCCCUCUUCCCUUAUCCCAUCCUCCCUAUACCUUUCCCUUUCCUCCUCCUCCUCCUCCCUAUUCCUUCUCUUUCCCUAUUCUAUUUUCAGCCUUUGGAGUCUUUCCCUCAGGCAUCCUAGUUCCUAAGUAGGGGAAAGGGUACUGUGAUCCAUCCCAUUCCGUUGAGGUCCUUGGUAAUGGAGUAGUUUGCCGUGGAAUCUGGAGAUAUCCCAAUCCCUCUCUGGUCUACCGGGGGAGGCUUCAGGUGUUUUUCGGAUGACGGGUGUAUCUCUGGAGGCUUCCUGUUGGAUUCCGGGAGGUGGUGGCUGAAGGAGGUAUGCUUUGUGACAGGUAUCCAACCGCCCUCUCUUUUGUCCACUGUGGUGGCUCGAUAGAUGUGAGGUUGCUAUCCUGGAUUGCUGGUUUACUGGCAUGAAGUGUAGGGUAUGGCACGAGUUCCAUGCUGGCUGCACUGAAGUCCUCUUGGAUGUGGAGGGGGAUUUACGGCCUUUUCAUUCCUCCUAGGAACUAUCCCUCCACAUUCCCCCCUUUUUUCCUUUCCCUUUUAUGGAAAAACAAAAAGAAAAAUGUGAUCUAACCAUGGAGUCCCAAAUCCAUGAAACUUCUCCUCAUGGGCGUCUUUCUGCUGCAGCACCCUCUUAAGAUCCUGUCUCGUUAUUGGACAAUUCUUCAGACCGUUCUAAUGCUCCAGUACCUUCUGCAGCUAACAUUUUGGUGCUCGCUUGUGGUACCGAGGUUCCUCCUGACUCCAUCGAUACAUCCGACCUCCACACGUCUUUGACCAUGCUUCUAGCUUCUCCCACUAUGGUGCAACAAUUUUCAGAUUGCCCACAUAUCUCAGGACGGACCACCUCCGGUCCCACACCUAAACGACCAGUACCAUUAACAGACGACACUGCUGCAAUUACUUAACUUUUCCCAGAAAAAAACAACACGACACUUGCUUCCCUUACACACUACACAAUGGACUAAGUUUUUCCCCCUGCAACCGACAACUGACCUCUACUAACAGAUGUUAGUAGAGGUCCAUUAUAUGUUUGUUGCCCGUUUACUCCAUAUCUUCUCUUCAGUUGCCCCCGUUUGUGUUUAUAUAGCAUCUAACUUUUCCCCUUCCCCCUGGGAGGUUCUGACAGUUCAUGCCUGUCCUUUCCCACUGCCAUGCGCAAAAGCCUAAUUACCUACAGUUGCUCCUUGCUCUCUUUCUUAACCAUUUCUGGUCUCAUUCUCAUACCAUUGCAGUGUACACUGAUGGUUCCAAAUCCUCUGAUGGUGUCGGGUUUGCAGCAGUGUUCCCGGACAGCGUAGUAUGAGGGCAUUUAUUAGACUCGGCUAGCAUUUUUACAGCUGAAUUAUAUUCAGUUCUCAUUUCAAUCAUUCAUGUUACAUCUACGCCUACCUCAACAUUUGUAGUAGUCUGAUUCCCUUAGUGUUUUGCAAGUUAUUCAAAAAAUUUAUUCACUUCAUCCCCUAGUUCUUUGUAGACAACUUUGGUUAUGCUGCAUUUCUAGCAAAAACAAAGAUUGUUUUCUGUUGGAUCCCUGGUCUUGUUGUGUUCAGGGCAAUGAGCAGGCAGACUCUCUUGCAUGGUCUGCAGUAAAUGACUCCCUAGUUUCAUAUAGAGGUCUUCCAUUCUCAGACUUAUUUUGCUAUAAUCUCUAGCCAUCUUUGCAACUGUUGGCAACAACAUUGGUCUAAUAUGACUCAUAAGUUACAUUCUGUCAAACCAAGUUUAGGUUUCUGGCCUUCUUACCAUCGAUGCCAAGGUUGGGAGACUAUGCUCUCCUGUCUUUGCAUUGGGCACACCCGUCUUACUCAUGGGUAUCUCAUGGAGAAGUGUACUGUCCUUCUCCGCGAGACUUGUCAGGUUCCAAUUUCGGCUUGUCACAUUCUAUUGGAUUGUCCUGUCUUUCAACGAACAUGCAAAAUUUACCUCUGACGUUGUCACCACUUACUUUAUCUUCCCUCCUUGCUGAUGGACCCACCUUUGACAAAGACUCCCUCCGACUUUUCGACAGCAACCGAUUUAUUACACAAACCUUGAAAAUACUUCCUUUAGCAUUCCUCACAGCCCUUCCUAACUCAACCUUUGUUGUCCUCUCCACCCUUACUUAUCCUCUGAUCCUGUAUCACACUCUGCUCUACAGCGCUGUGGGUUUUGCGCUUCUUUUUAAUUAAUAAUAGAGAAUAACGGAACUAAAUUUUUUGUGACCUAGUUCAUGUCUCCAACUUAAAAUGAAUGAGCUUUUAUACUAUGUUCAUGUAUAAUUUUUGAACAACUAUGAACUGUUGCUUAGAGGCUGUUUAGUAGAGAAUAAAUUUUUGGAAUAAAAUCAAAAUAUAGAAAAUUAGUUUUAAUAUUUGUAGCUUUUUUUUUUUCAUUUACUGAAUUUUAUAAAAAAAAUCAAAUUAAGCAGACCUUGAAAAGUGAGGAAAGGGGCUAAAUUAUUAUUAUAAUCAAGGGGGAAGCGCUAAACCCGGAGGAUUAUACAGCACCUGGGGGGGGGGAUGUGGAAGGCAUUCAGGCUUAAUUCGGGGAACUGGACCACAGAUCCAAUUCCCUAAAUCAAGAGCCCCUCACCAACAUCAAGGAACCUUCCUUGAGGGGUGGAAAGGGGCUAAAGCUCACCUAGCAUAUCUGGGAGAAACAGUUUACCAUAAGAGUUAUUCUAUGAAAUCUGUUAACUUGUACAUAUAAUUUAAAAUGUGUUUAGUUUGAUAAGUACACAUACGCAAUUGACCAGUAUUACAGUUUCAACAAUUUUUAUUUGGAAAUAUUAAAAGUUGUACCGGUCAUUGUUGGAGUAGGGUGUAUACUGUCUUACGCUUACAAACCUUAUUCUUACACUUAAAUGAAAUAUUCAUAAGUUUCCAUAUUUUUUUUUAUUAUAACCAGAAAGAUUUUUUUAAUCCUUUUUAUUUAAUGUAUGUAUGAUGACCCUAUAUUAGCAUUUUGUAAAAAAAAAAAAAAAUAUUGUAUGUUAGCUAGAUAUAUGGCUACCACCUAAUGCCCUCUUUUUGACUUCACAUAGAUAGCUUCAGUUAUAUAUUGAUGGCAAGGUUUUCCAUAAUUUUUUAUCAAAAUUAAGAACUAAUUUCAGUGGCAUGAUCUCCAGUAAGUUUAAUUUAACGUCUGCAUAAAUGAAGCUAUAUUAAGGAUACACAGAAAUGGCAUUUUUUUUUUUUUUAAAACCAUUAGCUGCUUAAUUUCUUUGUACAGCCUUUAAUACUUAGCUAUAAUGUUUGUUGCCACAGCAUUUUGAUACGUUCUUACUACUAUAGAAACUUAAGCAACCAAUCAGGUUUUGUUUAUUUUCUUGCCAGAAUAUUUGCAGCUUUUUGUAGUGGGACCACUGAUGGAACAAUAAUAUCACAGCUCCUCAUAGGAGAUGCCUUGUUAGUGAAGGGCUCUUGAUUCAAGGAACUCGACUUUUCCUCCCCUUCCUUGGGUACAAAUGCUUCCCAGGCACUAAGACCCCUACAGGUUUAGCACUUCCCUGUGAUUAUUACAAUCACAACUAAGCGCUAAACCCUCCGUGAUUAAAAUGAAAGAAUAUCAUCCCAGCCUCCAGUCCAUGUUAUGAUGUAGAAUAUUUUCUUUAGUUACAUAAUAAUGUAAUAAAACUGUGUUGUUGAAUUUUUGUACAAAUCCAUGUAAAUACUGAUAUGAAUUUUACAGUGUAAAUAUCUUCAAUAAAAUGUGAAAUGCUUAA